UCACGCAUGCGCGACUCAGAGCUAAGCGGAGAAGUUCGUAGCCUUUGUCAGGCCCGGGAAGAGAGAGCCCAAGAGGGAAGAAGUCCUUCGAGGCUCCGUGGACUGCUGACUGUGCGAACAGGAGAACCAGACCUUCGGGGCAUGGAAGAGGUGGUGAUCAUGGAGACGGGUUUGGCCGAAGCGCCUCAGAAAAGAGCUCUGUCUUCCCCAGAUUCUCUCCUUUCCCACGAGAAGAGUGCAGAAGGAGACGUGGCUGCUCUGAGACUCACAGCCAGAUCCCAGGAAGCCGUGACAUUCAAGGAUGUGGCCAUGGACUUUACGCCAGAGGAAUGGGGGAAGCUGGAUCCUGCACACAGGGCCGUGAUGCUGGAGAACUACAGGAACCUGGUCUCACUCUGGCUUCCCAUUUCCAAACCUGAUAACUAUAAUUCAGAAGAUGGAAAAGAACUGUCGGAGCUUGAGAAGUCUCCCAAGUGCAGUGACUCAGACAUGGAAACCAGACCUGAGAGCAAAGAGUCAACUUCAGUGCUAGACUUUUCCAAAGAAGAGCCAAACAGACUGACAGAAAACACUGCUUCUGACUCCGACAUUGAAACUGCUCAUGAAUGUGAGGGUUGGUUAGAGCAUCGUCAAAGGAAUCGGGAGAGGUACCCAAGACAAAUGUCUGCUCACAGGAACUCCCUCCCUGCAGAAGAAGAUGGUGAACGUGAUGUAUAUUGGAAAAGCUUCAGUCAGAAACCUCUCCUUACAACUGAUGACAGAGACCCCAAAGGAUCCUGGGACAUUCACACGCUUGGGAAAAGACUGAAGCAGAAAUCAAAGUUAAUGACAAAGCAGAGACAUGAUAAAGAGAAAAAACCUCACAAGUGUGUUGAGUGUGGCGAACUCUUCACUUACCGUUCGGUACUUCUCCGACACCAGAGAGUUCACACUGGAGAGAAACCGUAUACCUGCAGUGAGUGCGGGAAGUCCUUUAGCCACAGAGCCAAUCUGACUAAACACCAGAGAACCCACACUAGGAUUCUCUUCGAGUGUGGUGAGUGUAAGAAAACCUUCAUCGAAAGUUCAUCCCUUGCAGUACAUCAGAGAAUUCACAUCGGGGAGAGACCUUACGAAUGCGCCGAGUGUGGGAAAGGCUUCAACCGAAGUACACACCUGGCCCAGCAUCAGCUGAUUCAUACUGGGGUGAAGCCUUACGAAUGUAACGAAUGCGACAAAGCUUUCAUCCACUCCUCAGCUCUCAUUAAGCAUCAAAGAACUCAUACUGGAGAGAAGCCCUAUAAAUGUCGAGACUGUGGGAAAGCCUUCAGCCACUGCUCAUCUCUUACGAAGCACCAGAGAGUGCACACGGGAGAAAGGCCGUAUGAGUGUAGUGAGUGUGGGAAGACCUUUAGUCAGAGCACGCACCUUGUUCAGCACCAGAGAAUCCACACUGGAGAAAAGCCCUACGAAUGUAACGAAUGUGGGAAAACAUUCAGCCGGAGCUCAAAUUUUGCAAAGCAUCAAAGAAUUCACAUGGGAAAGAAACCCUAUAAAUGUGGAGAAUGUGGGAAAGCCUUCAUUCAUUCGUCAGCUCUUAUUCAACACCAGAGGACUCACAGUGGGGAGAAGCCUUUCAGGUGUAACGAGUGUGGGAAAAGCUUCAAGGGCAGCUCCUCCCUCAUCCGACAUCAAAGAACUCACACUGAAGAGCAACCCUGAAAGGUGCUGAGUGCUAGGUGAAGGUUGGCUUUAUUGCUGCGUUUCAUAGUUGAUUGUUGAAAUAGAGAGACCUUAAUAUGACCCUGGGGUGUGUCUGUGUGUGUAGGAUUUCACUUGUCCACUGUAUAACUCUGAACAGCAGGUAGGAAAUCCCUUCUACGCAUUGGCUUGAUAAUAGUGAAAACCUCUGGCUAUAGUUCUCAAAAUUAUUGUUCCUGGUUUUCCAAAUGCCAAAUUUUAAAUUCAAGGAAUGUUUGGGAGACAGUAAAACUGUGAAUUUUGUGAAAUCUGGUUUCACUGUGCUUGGUCACAGCAGGGACUGCUGAAGCCUCUCGUUUAGUAAGGAAAUCUUUUACUUUGUAGAUUAGGCUUGAGACAUACAGCCGUAUCCUUGGGAAGACACAGCUCAGUCACUCUAAACUCAAAGACAGACACCCACCGUAUGUAUCGUUUCCUUUGAGAGUAAUUUCUGUAUUAAAAAGUAAAGGAAGGUUGAGAGAUGAAAACUGCUUAGGAUUCCAUCCCCCACAAAGAGUGCUAUCUAAUGUGAUGAACUUAACUAACUGCACUUAUAAAAGUUUCUAGGUUAGGUUUACAUGGACUGGAUUGGUCGUUGACUCACAUAAAUGGCAUCGCUAUCCUUUUGUUUUGGAGAUUCUCUAGUUCCCUUGGGGAUCUACCCUACGGUACCUAACAGAUCGGAGUCUUCUCUUGUCUUCCUGUGCCAACGUCCUCUUUUCUCAUCUUUGCCAUUCAUAGAGCCCUUGGCUUUUUAUAAUCGGUUCAUCAAGGAGAGUUUAUUCCGAUAGAUUAUUCAGUGUUUGGCGAAGUGUGCCCUGUGACUUUUAGAAAGCUCUCUGGGUGUGUUGCAGUUUGAACAUAUCUGAAAGGUUGAUAAGGGUCAAUAUAUUAUUUGAUUUGGGUCCCAGGCAAGCACACUGAAGCAACUCUGUGGCAGCCUGGCGUGCUCUCGAGUAUGGAAAAGCUCACAGGACAGCCCUGAAGUGACUUACCCAAGGAUAAGCAUCUCUUUCUCCCACUUCCCUGGCUUUCAUGCUUGCUCACAUUAUUUUAUUAUUCUUAUCUUCCAUACAUUAGUUGGUCUUUAUCCCUGACCUCUCAUGUAAACACACCAUGAAAUCAUAGUGAUCUAUUAUGAUUAGUGACGGAUGUGACCAAAAGCCAUUGAGAGGAUGGGAAACACAAAACAAAAGCUCAAGUAACUAUUGAGUAAAACAAUACACAGUGCCAGCUUUUUAUUAUUCUAUUCUGUAUUAGUUUAUACGGGAAUUAAAAUUAUAGGAAAAGUAAUCGCAGGUUUUUAGUUUU